UGUUCUUAUCACUUCGGUUGAAUAAAAUCUGCUUCAUAUGGUUUAUAAGGCGUAACGCCGUAAACACGGUGUCCUCUGUGGAAAGGUGCACAGGGUCAGUUGCGUAACACGCUCGGACGAUCAAACCCGCAUUAGAUUUUACCUUCCGGUUUAAAUUUACAAGCAGGCAAAUUUACCCUGCGAAUGUUUUUACAUAGGUGCUUAGAAAUUAUGGUCCAUUGCAAAAAUUUGACAAAAAAGAAUCAAAUGAAUUCUACAUAGACUGUGGAACAUUACACAUGUAAAUAUGCUUGAAGGAAUGAUGACAGUGUGUCUGAUCAGACGUUUGGUCAAUAUGUGGUUUUUGGCAAUCAAAUGAGCUUUUUACAAAAUAAUAGUGUAUUAGAUGAUGUUAUUUAUGGGUAAAGCAAAGCAAAUAAAAAGGAUACAACUUGUCAAUUGAAGCUCUGAGUAGUUCAAGCCACACAAAUUAUCCUACCGUUCACAGAGAUGCUUCAAGCCGAGAUGCCGUGCUUUCAGUCCCAGCUCUUUACUAGCCUUUACAAGCCUCCCUGGCCGAACGAUAACAAGAUCAUCUCUCUUCAUCAACUACAUGAUAUUAAUUACUGUUUGUCACACAGUUACUGUAGGCCUACACGAGCUACACAUGGAGUCUCACGGAAGCACGGAUAACUGUACAAAUGAGCCCCUAUGAUCGUGAAGUUUUACACAUUUUAGUGUUCCAAAAUCCAAAUUCUGCUAAUUAGCUGAGGAGCUGAGUCAGGUGUGUCAGGAGGCUUGAACAGAUGGGUUUCAAUCAUCCUGAUUUGAGCGCUUUGUGCAGAAUCAUCCACUUUGGUGCUAGCAGCAGGUAGAAAGCAGAAAGCACCAUAUUUUGAGAAUUAGUGAUUGUGAUCUUGAUAAGAAAUGUGUAUAUAUCCUUAGCUCAGAAAACUAGAACUCAUCCAUCCUGCUGACCUUCUCGACCCAAUCCUCUUUAACGCUAGCGACAAAUUAUGAUUACGAAGCACUUAAAAAACACGAUCAUUUAAAUAUAACCAUCUGUUUUUACACCAUUUUAGCGCAUUUUACUUGACUGGACCGGAUUAGCAUACAGUAAAUACUACUGUAGAUAGUGAAAACAUUUUAGCUGCUUUAUAGGAUCGCCUUAAAGUUUAUACUGUAUGUGAAUCCUGAUAUUAACAUAGAAAGGAAAAACAAUUUUUCCCUGGUUUUGCAUAUACAGGCCUUUCAAGGCCCAUUAAAACAUUUUAACAUAUCCCAUUUUUCAACACACAUGUGGGUUGAAUUACGCUGCUAAAAUUGCAGUAUAAAAACAAAACAAAACAAAAAAACGAGCACACAAUAAUUCAGUGGCACUAGAGAUGACAAGAUGGCCAUAGUCUUAGAAAUGAAAAACCUGCCGUUUGCUAUCGUUUGCAGCCCGUCCUGCGUCUGCGCUAUCGUCCUGAACGUCUUCUUCAUUUUCUGCCUCUGUAAGCCAGUUGUGGGAGCAAGCCUUCAUCAGCCUAUGCGCUUCUUACUCGCGGCCGUGUUAGGCAAUUCAACAGUUCAGCAAUUGCUCGCCGCGAUCUCAAUUGUCCUGUCUUUUUUUUCACCACCUGACUGGCUUCCUGUAGUAAACGUGACGAUAAACUUGCAAGCCUACUGCUCCAGUUUCUCCAUCAAUGCUUGGAUCAGCAUUUUUUACUACAUGAAAAUCGUUCCUCAACACUGCAAAGUCUUCGUCUGGGUUAAGAAAAACAUUAAAGGUGUCGUUCUCGCCGGAUUUCUCUUCGACCAGACUUUGCUUCUGUCUGCGCUAUCGAUGGGUGCGGCAUCGUACCUGACGCCGCCGAUGGCAGAAGAUUUGAACGUGACGAGGUUCGGAGGAAGGACCGUUGUAAAUGGCGCUCUGUACAAGCUGUCUACUAGAUUGGUUUUGCUGUAUUUAAUUUGCCCUUCCUGCACUUUGUUGAUUUCUUGGGGUAGAACCUUUUUCUAUCUGCGCCGACACAUCAGGAGGAUGGAACGGAACACCGAGUCUUGCUCUCAUCCUCAGCAGAAGAACCAUAUGCGGGUGACCGUCAUGGGCAUCGUCCAGACGGCGCUGUUCCUCCCCACCAGCCUGUAUGCCAUGACCAUGACGUUACUCUUCACUCUUCAUGAAACUCUGGACAAUGACAAACACAUCACAAUAACGAUCACGUCCAUGUUGAACUUGGCAAACGUUUCGUGUUUGGGCUUUUCUCAGUCUGUUUUUCGGCUUAGGAUCAUCGAGUUAUUAAAGACACUGAUAAAGGAAUUCGGAUCGGUGGACCAAAAUUAA